AUGGGCGCCUAUCUCUAUGGGCGCCUAUCUCUAGGGGCGCCUAUCUCUAUGGGCGCCUAUCUCUAUGGGCGCCUAUCUCUAGGGGCGCCUAUCUCUAGGGGCGCCUAUCUCUAUGGGCGCCUAUCUCUAUGGGCGCCUAUCUCUAUGGGCGCCUAUCUCUAUGGGCGCCUAUCUCUAUGGGCGCCUAUCUCUAUGGGCUCCUAUCUCUAUGGGCGCCUAUCUCUAUGGGUGCCUAUCUCUAUGGGCGCAUAUCUCUAUGGGCGCCUAUCUCUAGGGGUGCCUAUCUCUGGGUGCCUAUCUCUAGGGGCGGCUAUCUCUAGGGGCACCUAUCUCUAUGGGCGCCUAUCUCUAGGGGCGCCUAUCUCUAUGGGCGGCUAUCUCUUUGGGCGCCUAUCUCUAUGGGCGCCUAUCUCUAGGGGCGCCUAUCUCUUGGGGCGCCUAUCUCUAUGGGCGCCUAUCUCUAUGGGCGCCUAUCUCUAUGGGCGCCUAUCUCUAGGGGUGCCUAUCUCUAUGGGGCGCCUAUCUCUGUGGGCGCUUAUCUCUAUGGGUGCCUAUCUCUGGGGGCGCCUAUCUCUAUGGGCGCCUAUCUCUAUGGGCGCCUAUCUCUAG